AUGAUAAGACGCUCAUACGAGGUCCUCACCGUCGGCGGAGAUGGCGAAGCUCCCGGCGCACGUUUCCUGCUGGUGUCGGACCCGGAGGCGGUCUUCGCGGCUGUUUGCCUCAACAUGCAGGCUGGCUACUUUGACGACCCGCCCGACGUACCCGGAUUUGCACACUGGCUGGAGCAUGCUGUGCAUCUGGGCAGUGUCCGCUAUCCGGAUGAUAAGGAUUACAAGUACUACUUAUCACAGCACGGGGGCACAUCCAACGCUUCCACUGGGAUGGUGCACACCUGCUACCACUUCACAGUCGCCUCUGCGCACCUGAGGGGAGCGCUGGACCGCAUGGCCAGGUUCUUCAUCGACCCCCUGCUGCGGCGGGACAGCAUCCUGAGGGAGGCAGAGAACAUCCACGCGGAGUUCAGUCGCAACUGCAAUUCCGACGCGCGCAAGCUGUUGCAACUCCGCCGCUCCGCUGCCGGGGGGCUGCUGGCCAAGUUUAGCACCGGCAACGCCGCCACGCUGCUACAGCUCCCGGCGGCGGCGGGACUGGACGUGCCAGCGGCGCUGGCGGCGUUCUGGCGGCGGCGCUACCAGGCGGGGGCGCUGUGUGGCUGUGUGGUGGGUCCCCAGCCGCUGUCGGAGCUGUCAGUACUGGUACGGGAGGCGUUCGGUGACCUGAGGCUGCGGGCGGGGGAAGGGGAGGAGGGUGGGCAGGGGCAGGGGCAGGGGCAGGGGCAAGGUCCAGGGUGUGGAUUCGGAGGAAGUGGCAGCGGAGGAGUCGUCCGGCCGCACGGACAGCAAGGGCCGCAACAGCAGCUGCAGGACGAGGCGGCGGCGGGUUUGGCAGAGCCAGAGCCAGUGCCGGUAGGGGCGCCGGAGACGGCGGAUGUGGGGGGAGCUGAGGAGACCGCGGCGGCGGCGGCAGCGGCGGCGGCGGCGGUGCAGAUUGGGCGGAAGGAGGAGGGGGGAGUGUCCGCGGCCGAGAUUCGACAGCUCCGGCAGCUGGAGGUGGUGUGGUACCUGCCGUACGGCAUGAUGGAAGACAUAAGGAGUAAGCCGUGGCGGUGGGCGGGUCACGUGCUGGGUCACGAGGGUCGGGGCAGUCUGGCUGCACUGCUGCGGGGCGCGGGGCUGGCGCAGGAGCUAACCACGGGGCCGUUCGACGAGGUCCGUCUGGGUCGCGGUUUCCUGUUCUGGGGCGUGACCGUCACCCUGUCGGAGGCGGGUCUGCGGAGGGCGGAGGAUGUGGUGCGACUCGUGUUCGCGGCAGUGCGGGCGAUGCGGUCGCUUGGUGAGGAACAGCGGCGGUCGGUGUGGGGGGAGGUGGCGGCUGCCGCUGCUGUACGGUGGCAGUACCAGGACCGUACGGCGCCGCUAGACCUCGCACGUGACGUGGCGCAGCGACUGCACUACUUCGAGCCGGAGGCGGUGCUAUCCGGCAACGCCCUGCUGUACGAGUACGACGGAGCUGCCCUGGAGCGCUUCUUGUCGUACAUCACGCCACAGAACUGCAACGUGUUCCUGAGUGACAGUUUCCUGUCGGACCGCACUGACCGGGUGGAGCCCUGGUACGGCGCACGGUACAGCGUGGAGCCCCUCAACUUUGAGCUGUAUGACAGCGACGCAGCGGCAUGUGUCGCCGGUGGCGGUGCUGCGGCCGCCUGCAGCUCCCCCGCCUCCGCCUCCGCCUCCGCCGCACAUGACGAUGAUAUUGUUGGCGAGACUCAUGUGUAUGUCCACCUCAUCACCCGCGCCGUGUACGAGACCCCGGAUGCCUGGGUUACUGCGCGCCUCGCGUGCCGGCUGCUGGAGGAGCUGCUACAGCCGGACGUGUACGACGCCCAGCUCGUAGGAACGAGCUACAGCCUGUCUGCAUCCGAAACCGGAUUGCAUCUGUCCUUCCAUGGCUUUAGCGACGUGGUGGUGAAGCUCGUGGAGAUGGUGGCGGCGGCUAUGGCGGGAGUGACUCUUGCGCAGGUUGAGGGGAGACCUGUCCGCGACACUUGCUGGCCCGCCACCCGCAUCCUCCUGUUGGCUCCGGAGGCGGCUGAACCGGCCAGCCCUGGCCCGGAGCAGCAGCGGAAGCGGCAGGAAAAAGAAGGCGAAGGCAUUACCGAGCCUGCCUCGUCGUCGGCUAACACCUCCCCCACGAGCAACAGCACUGCGGUCGCUGCAGCGGCGGCGCUGCCGCCGCCGCCGCCACCAGUGGACCUGCAGGAGGCGGGGAAGGCUGUCCAGUCUGACAGGGGUGAUGGCGGACUGCACGGCGGAGGAGCUGGACGCGGUGCUGCUACUGCCGGUCCCACUGAUAGCGGCAGCGGCAGCGGCGUCAGAGGUGGCGGCGGUGUCUGUGGCCCCGUGCUGUGGCGCUACGUGCCUGCCAAUCCCAACCCCUCCAACACCAACAGCGCCGUCUUCUUUCUUUGCCAGGUGGGUGAGGAUGACCCCCUGGACGUCCGCCCCGCCGUGUUGUUGGACCUGUUCACCAAGGUGGCUUCAAAACCCGCCUUCCACGAGCUACGGACCCGCCAGAGGUUGGGCUACGUGGUCAGCCUCACCAAGCACCGGCUUGGGGGCGGCAUGGGGCUGGCGCUGGUUCCGGAGCGUCUUGCCUCCUUCAAGGCCUCCCUGGAGGAGAAGUACCUGGAGCCGCCCCGGUCGCUGGCGGAGGCGGCUGGCAACUGCUGGCGGCCCAUCCGCUACCGCAGCUACGACUUCUGCAAGGGGCAGCGCAAGGCGGAGGCGCUGAGGAGCCUGGGGCUGCAGGACCUCGUUUGCUUUUUUGAUCAACACGUCUGUCCUACAUCGCCCUCUGCUCGGGUGUUGUGUUGCGAGAUCGGGGGAGGGCAGCGACCGGCGGCCAGGGCACGGAGACCGGCACGUGGUACCGCGGCGGGAGAACGAGGGGACGACGGAGCUACAGCCCGACCGGCGGGGGCCGCCAGCCCGGCUGCAGGUGCGGGUCAGACAGCCGGCCGCGCCGAGGACGAUGGCGCCGAGGAUGCGGAUGCGGCUGAAGGCGGAGGUGAGGGUGCAGCGGCGGCGGCGGGUUGCGGAGGUUGGCGCCGAGUGGGCAUCGAGGACCUUGCGGAUCUUCAUCGCCGGAUGCCGUACUUCUGCCAUUCCGAGACUCUGGGAGUGACGCGGCCGUGCUUGGAUCGCUUGAUGGUGGCCAGGGAGGCCGUGGUCGGUGUUCGGGGUGAUGCGGCUGCUGCCGCUACCGCCGCUGCCACCUGCUGUGCGAGCGGCGGCAGGGGCGGCCAUGCUGACGAAGCGCGCGCUUUGGAACCCACUUCCACUUCCACUUAA